UCAGGCACUGUUCUCUACAGUGCAGAAAGGCUUUCAGUUUCAUUGAUGGUCGUAGAUUCAACAUUUACUACAGGCAUUAACUAAAGUCAGUAUCCACAAAAGCUGACUGUGUACUUCCUUCUCGGAGUGAUUUGUUCUUUCAAUUCAAGGUACAGGAAGGGAACGGCAGGGUGAGUGACAGGUCAGUCUCAGUCUCCUGCAUGAACACAGAUCAUUGUGUGCUCUCAUCGUUAAACCAAGGCAGAAUUUCAGCAACUGAGAAAACUGUUUGAAAAUGGUGGCACCAGUACUGAUACCAGCAGUAGUGGCUGCAAUGGGAGCGGCAGCAGGCAUCAAAGUGGGACACGCAGUCCACGUUGUAAUCGGAACCAUGCUGGGAGCCACAGCUGGGUUAGCUGCAGCAAUGUUCCUGGGAGAAACAGUAAUAGCACAACCAGAAAAAGGACAUAAAUUAGCAAUGGCAGGAGCAACGGUGGGAACAGUGCUGGGAUGUGCGGUAGGACUGGAGGCAGGAGUGGUCGCGGCCAUAGCGGUCGUUGGUGCCUUAUUGCUAUACUCCGGAAUGGGGAUAAAUGAAAUUGUUUACCAAGGAAUAGCGGACAUCAAGCACCUAAUAGAUGCUUUGCUGGAAGUGAUAGACAUGGCAGGGGAAAAGACAAUCCAAGCAGGAAUUUCAGUGCUGCUGGGAAUGAUGGUAGGAGUAUCCUUGGAAGGUAACGCAGGGAUUUGGCUUUGUGCCGGGACAGCUGCAGUGUUGGGAGCUGUGCUUUCAGGGAGAACAGAAGAUGUUUUCAUGGAGACCACAGGAGCAGCUGUAGGUGCAAUGCUGGGGACAAGGGCAGGAAUAGGCAUCAUUGCAUUGUUUCUAAUAAUGAAGAAGGAUUUUACUCUCAGAUUGAUAAAACAGCGAACGGAAAACUGGCCCACUGUCGCUUUGGUGGAAAGGAUCAGGAGUAUGGGGGAAACUACCGUCGGAGCAGCAAUCGCAGCGGUGCUGGGGAUGAUGGUAGGAGUCGCCAUGGGAGCCGAGGUGGGGAUUCUCCUGCGCGCAUGCACUGCUGCCGUGUUGGGAGCUGUGUUUUCAAGGAGGGCGGGAGCAACAGGUGCUUUCGCAGCGGCUACAGGUGCAACAGUGGGUGCCAUGCUGGGGACAGCAGUCCUUGUGGUUACACCGCUGCUAAUACUGAAGAUGGGUAGCACUCUAGGAUUGCUAAUAGAACAAGUGAAAUAUAUCGGUUCCGAUGUGCAAGAGUUAAUGAACGCCUUUACCUCAUUAGAUCUACAGGAAGGGGGAAUGCGUGACUUUUUUUUCGCAUUGAUUACAGUGAUGGGAGUGGCUUGGUUGGUAGCAGUAUUUUUAGCAGCGCUUCUAGUAUAAAUUGGAUCACCUGGAAUGCUGCUUUUUGCCCCUGGCCUAGCACGGUUUAACAAGAGAACCACCAAUACAGUAAUUUUUACCCCUUCAGAACUACAUUUCCCAUAAUCCUCCUGUUCAUAUAUGUGAGUUGGAGGAUGAUGGGAAAUGUAGUUCUGAAGGGGUCAAAAUUACUGCAUUGGUGGUUCUAGUGUUAACAGGAGCAGCAAAUGGAGUUCUGCAAAAUGCAAGAAAGCAACGACCAAUGAUGAAGUGAAUGAUUACUAGCAAAGGUAUGCAUAAAAGACACACAGCUAUCCUUACAAAAAUAUAGUAUGGUUUUAAUGAGCUACUGUUAUUAGCUGGUAACUAUGAUUAAAUGCCUCCUUUGUUUGAUUGAUGUAAAAUCCUCCAUUUUCUAGUAGAUUUGAUUAUUUACAUGAUUUCUGAUAUUUAGUAGAAUGGCAGUACAUUGCUCUUAUUUUUGCACUGUAAAUAAAUGUGCUAUAAAUGUAUGGGUUUAUUUCAAUAACGCUUUCGUUUGUGUAUGCAGAGUGUAUUUUACAGCUGAAAACAAUUAAAAAUGUUUACUUAA